AUGAACACAGAUGAAGCUUGCACUCGCAGAGUUAUGUGUUGGCAAUGUCAGAUGAACAUCCAAGGCAGUUUCUUAGUAUGCCAGAAGAAGCCCAGCAGAUGGUUCUUUAACCUGGGGCACACAUUGCAGUUUGGUAUUGGAUUACACCAUGCCGGUCUGAAUGACAAAGAUGGACCUCUGGUGACACGGACGACUAUAUUUCGCAAUCCUUUUCAGGAAUGUUUUCAGAAUUUCAUGCCUAUUUCAGUCAAUGGAUCGAGGAAGUUGGAGAACGAUACAAUGACAAACUUUGGUGUUGAAAUGAUGCCACUCUUUCUAAUGGAUGGAUAUUUCUCUGAAAUAUGGCCAAUGAUGCCACUCUUCCUUGAUCAAACUUGGAUUAGUGACUGGCCCAAUUAUCGCAGAAUUGUUCAAGGAGAUGGAGAGAGAAGGAGUAGACCUGAUUCAGUCACAUUUCUUUCUAUACUAGCAGUAGGCUGCAGAAAUGGAAUGGUGGAGAUGGGCCGUCACCUCUUUCAUUCAAUGGUGAAGGACUAUCAUAUUGAACCAUCUCCUCAACAUUAUUCAAGUAUGGUGGACAUGUUGGGAUGUGCAGGGAAAUUGGAGGAAGCACAAGAAUUGAUGAGUCAGAUCCCGGGACAGCCAGGGUUUUCAUUGUUGCAUAGCCUGCUCGGGGCUUGCAGGAUCCAUGGGAAUGUGGAGAUGGCGGAGAGAGUAGCCAAUACAUUAAUGAGAUUGGAACCAAUGGAAUCGGGAUCUUUUGUGUUGAUGUCCAACUUGUAUGCUGAGAAAGGGGACUGGGAAAUGGUAGCAAAAGUUGGGAAAUGGAAGAGAGAUGAAGGAGUGAGAAAGGAAUUGUGA